AUGAUGAAGCAUGUUUUGCUUGGGUAUAUUAAGAAAGGGAAGAGGUCUAAGAAAUUGAGUAAUACAAAAGGGAUAGAAAAAAAGUUUGUAUCAAAAAUAGGGGGUAGACCAUAUUGGCUAGAUAGAAUAAAUUUACCUGAAGAAGAUAAUUUUAAAUGUAUAAUUUGUAAUGAGCUAUUAUCAUUUUUAUUACAAAUAUAUGCACCUAUUGAUAAUAUAGGACAUUGUUUUCAUAGAUGCUUAUAUGUAUUUAUAUGUUUUAGAUGUGGGGAUCAAGUUAAAUGUUUUAGAACCCAAUUACCCCGAAAUAAUCCAUUUUACAAUUUUUAUUUAACUACUAAUUUGAAUAGUGAUUCUGAUCAGGAUAAUAUUGAAACGAGUAAAAAUGGAGAGAGUCAAAAUAAAUUUGAUGAAUUAAGUAGUGUUGAAAAUGAACUUGAUGAGUUUACAUCUACAGAAAAUAAUUCUACUGAUAAUGAUUCAGAUGUAAAUAUUACAAAAUACAAAAAUUUAGAUUCUACCGAUUUAGUAACAGUUUCUGAAGAUUUAAACAAUUCUACUACAAUAUCUGCUGAUAUAUGUAGUACUACAUGUCCUGACGAUUUAGCCAGUACCCCUUCCCAUCGAAUUGCAACUACAAACGAAGGUGAAAAUGCUGAAAAAAAUGCAUCUAUUAGUGUAACCAAAAUGACUAACAUAAAUAAAGAGAUUUUUGAUAAGAAUGUAGAAUACCUUUUAUGCUGUAAUAGAUGUGGUAUACCAUGUAAAGAUAAAAAAAAUAAAAAAAUUCAUAAAAAAUGCGAGAUGAAAAAACAUAUAAUAAUUUUAGAAAAUAAAAUAAAUAUAAAUGAUGAAUAUGAUUGCGAGAGUAGUAGCAUAGGGUCAGACGACUACUCCGAUGAAAGUGAAGAAUAUGGUGAGGAAGAAGUGGAAAAGGUUGACACAGAAAAGGUGAGUGAUGAAUAUAACAAGCCUGAGGGGGACGACGACGACGUGGACGUUAGUGAAAUGAAGGCCAUGGAGGAUAUACAAAAAGAUGUAUUUAAAAAUCGACAAAUAGAUAAUGUAUUUUUAAAUUAUAUUAAAAAAAUAUCUAGAUUUCCUAAACAAAUUAUUAGAUAUUCUUAUAAUGGUAGCCCUUUAUAUGCAUCAAACGAUUUUCAAAACAAAAAUAAAAAUAAUAUAUAUUCUAGAGAAUAUGAAGAUAAUAAAAAAUCUAAUACUUUUACAAACAUACCAAAUUGCUAUAUAUGUAAAAAAAGAAAAGUUUUUGAGUUUCAAGUCUUAUCUACAAUAAUUAAUUAUUUAAAAAUAAAAAAUAAAAAUUUAGACAAUCAAGAAUCAAAAAUGAAUUUAAAAUUUAUGACUAUAAAUAUUUAUACUUGUGAAAACAAUUGUGAUAUAUAUGACAUUAAUAUUUCAAAACAGAAAACAAACAUACCACCUUUAGGUAGAUAUAUACAGGAAUAUGUACAUGUACAGGUAGAAAAUUGA